AUGUCCAAAACUUCAAAGAUUCAGAAGUUGUCCUCUCCGCCCGAGUCGGUGAAAGUAGCUGGCAAACCAGCCUCUGGAAAAUCAGCGGGCGCUAAAGAGCAACAGACUUCGGUUGACAGUGCUGCUAAGCAAAGUCCUGUGACUGAAAACAUCGAUGCCAAUGAUACUUACUUGAGGGGUUCGGUUAUAUCGAGCGGAGGCGUUGAAACUUUGUCGAGAAAGGAGAAAAGAAAACUCAAGAAAUUGCAUAAGAAGCAGGAGCUCCAGCAAUCUGAAGAAAACAAAUUAGAAGAAGAAGCUUCAGAGAGUGAGCGAAAGGAUGGAAAGCUGAGAUUAGAAAAACUGGGUGAAAGUGACUCCGAGGCUGAAUCAGACGAAGAAGAAGACGAAGAAAACCAAAAAGAGGAAGAAGAGGAGGAGGAAGAAGAUGUCCCACUUUCGGACGUGGAGUUCGAUUCUGACGCAGACGUUGUACCUCAUCAGAAAGUGACGAUCAAUAACUCAAGAGCUCUCAAACACUCGUUGGAACGAAUUCGCUUACCUUGGAAAAAACAUUCUUUCCAUGAACAUCAAUCUAUCACUUCAUCUGCGAACACUGACGAAGGCAUAAAGGAUAUUUACGACGAUACAGAGCGAGAGCUUGCCUUUUACAAGCAGUCACUGGAGGCUGUGCACGAAGCCAAAGAACACCUAAAGAGAUUGAAGGUGCCUUUCAAGAGGCCGCUCGAUUACUUCGCCGAGAUGGUCAAGAGUGACGAACACAUGGACAAAUUGAAAUCCAAGCUUGUAGCAGAAGCAAGUGACAAGAAGGCCAGAGAAGAAGCGAGGAAGCAGAGACAGCUAAAGAAAUUCGGUAAGCAGGUACAAGUGGCCACUUUGCAGAAGCGUCAAAAGGAGAAGAGAGAGACGCUUGAGAAGAUCAAGUCUUUGAAAAGCAAAAGAAAGCACAAUGAGAUCGGGGAUUCUGAGUUUGAUGUUGGCGUGGAGGAUGCUGCUUCCGAGAAAAGACCCCGUCCAAACAAGAAAAGACAGGCCAAAGAUGCCAAAUACGGGCGUGGUGGUAUGAAACGGUUCAAGAACAAAAACGACUCCAAAUCGUCAGCAGACGUAACCGAUUUUUCUCAUAGAAGAAUGAAGGGCAAGGCAGCUCGUCCUGGAAAGAGCAGGCGUUCGAACAGACGUUAA